CAUCUGUUUUCACUUUUCAAUUCAAUUUUGUGAAGUGGAUGAAUUGAGGCCGCGGGGGACGGGGGGUGUAAAUGGUAAUUAAAAUGUAAAAGGUAGCCAGAUAACGUAAUUUCCAGAACACGAGGGUUGAGAUUUGUUGAUCCGAAAACCACAUGGUCAUGGCUCAUGUCAUGGGGAAUACAGGUGCAAUUUUCCCAUAUUUGACAGCUUUCCUUCAAAACCCUGAUUUUCAGUUCUUCCCGCCAUCUUUGAUCCAAGACUAGGGUUGCCCUAUCCACCAAGCAUCCGGUCAUUUUGUGUUUCCAAUUUGAUUGAGAAUCUCUUGUGAGAAACUCUACGUACGCAGAUCCACUCGAAUUCUCUCUUAGAUAUGGCGGCCCUGUCCGAUCCUCAUGGCUUUGAAUUUUCGGCUGCCGAGCUGGAGUUUCUGGCCGAAGACGAAACUAUCGAAAUUGUCCCAAACAUGAGAAUGGAACCUCUCAAUUUGAUAUGUGGAGAUUUUGGCCCUUUCCAUCCACAAAUUGCGUCUCAAGUACCUCUAUGGCUUGCAGUUGCUUUGAAGAAGAGGGGGAAAUGCACAAUUCGACCUCCCGAGUGGAUGUCAGUUGAAAAGUUGACACAGGUUCUGGAAGCAGAGCGUGACUCUCAGAAGUCCUUUCAACCACUGCCAUUUCAUUAUGUAGAAAUCUCAAGGCUUCUGUUUGACCAUGCUCGUGAGGACAUCCCUGACUUCUAUAUGGUAAGGUCUCUCAUCGAGGAUAUUAAGGAUGUAAGGUUUCACAAAAUUGGCACUGGCUUAGAGGUAAUCUCCCAGAGGACGGCUGCUUUAAAGCUUGAACAUCUAACAGCAAUGGAAGUAAAUGUAGUACGACCAUUCGUGGUGAGGGCUCUACAGACAUUUUAUAAGCUUGACAGUCCAGAGAUGAUACAAGAAUCGGACUCAAGGGCUAAUAGACGGUUCCCAACAGCCAAUCAUGGGCCGAAACGGCAAUUAAAGAGGUAGAUGAAUCAUGAUAUCAAAUGAUGAAAGGAAAUCAUCUUUCACCAGCUUUGCAUUUAUGGCAGAGGUCAUUAUUCAGCAAAAAAGUUGACGUACCACUAAUCUUUGGACCCAUUUCCAGAAGAAUCUUCAACUUGGUACUAUGAGAUUUACCAUCGCUUCCAAGUUGAAUCAUCAGUAGUAGUUUGCUUAGUUUUCUUAUGUAAACAAGUGUAUAAGAUUGUAGUAAGAAAAACAUGGUUGGCUUCGAAAUAGUUUUAUAUAUCAAUAAACAAUGAAGGUAAAGCUAAAUGUUUGGCGUUACCUUGUUUUCUUAUUUA